AUGGCCGAAGGAGAAGAAGAAGAAGACGAAGAAGCUGCGCAGAGGAGGACACACCAGCCAUGGCCCACCUGUUGGGCCUUCUUCUUCCUCGUCUUUUUCCUCCUGUUCUGCGUAGAGCCAAGGAGGGCGCUGCUCUCCAUUGAUGCUGCCUCCUUGUUGCCGUCGAACGAGGGAACGUCGAUGGCGACUGCUCUUUUGGCGGCGCUGACGCCCAGUUGGCCCUCCUAGUCAAUACAAAGUGGUGGGCCCUACCCUAAUCCAUUAAAUGUCGGCAUGCGUUGACGGUGACGAUUGAACCGAACCUUCGUGAAGGAAUCGGUGCCGCUCGCCGGCUGAUCUUUUUUCAGCUUUAGGCCCGAGCUCGUUCACAACGAACCGGCCCAGUGGGCAAGAUUACUCUUCAUGGGCCGGAUAAGCCCAGUCUUUAAAUAAAUAUUUUUUUAAUCUGGGGAAUUAUUCCCUGCUAUGUCGAUGAAAUGACUAUAAUACCCCUAUUCAAGGAAAUAGGAUAUGUUGGCUCUGUGGGGGCUUUUGUGGACUGAAGAACUAUUCACCAGUAAUUGAGGUUUUAUUUUAAUUAAUAAACUUUAAAAGGGGCUGCCUGUAUUUUAAUCGUUGAAAUUCUUUCAAGUGGAAAUAAACUAAAAACAAACAAGCAGCACGUCGUUCUGCGCUAAUUACUCCACGUCGUUGCUUUGACUUUGGGCCACAUUUUUUAAAUAGUCGCUCUGCACGAGACGAGUCAACGGCAUGGAACCGUCGGUCGUCUUCAUCGGUCACCCCCGCCUGCUCCGUCGCAGGCGUCGGAACGUGGAGAGCCGACCCACGAGCCCCGACGAGCUGCCGCUGCUGCUGGCACCGCCGUCCCGCGUGGUGGCUACCCUAGCGACGGCGAGGGCGUCUCCGCAGCCCGCCGGCGGAUGUGCACCGCCGUUAUCCCCUCCGGGGUCCCCCGACAGUGCCCGCUGGCCAGAUCCCUUAGCUGUCAAUGGGCACGUCCCAAUUUCUUAUUCUCCACCAACUACACGAAGAAUUGAUUGUCUGGGUGAGAUCUUGGAUCGCUGAAAUUAUUGCGAGCGCUGUCGAAGUGAAACCUCAUUCAAUUCCCUCUUUCCACGUUCCUCCUCGUUUUCCUGACCCAUCUGUGCCUCCCCAGACCCACAGAGCGGCAGAGCGCCAACAACCGCCCCGCCCCCUGCAUGGCCCGGAAAGGAGGUACAGGGAGUCCUUCGGGGCCCUGUUCUUCGCUUCACCACCUGUAAAGCAUUGUUCCUCAUCUUGGGUCGGGAUUGGUUCCGUGGAGGAUCAUGGCGGUUGCUUGAUUCGCUCAACGUCGUUGAGCAGGUGGUCUCCGCGAUUUUAUAUUAGAUGAGCCGUUCUUUUUAGUAAUCAGUGCGCCCUCUCUGUCAUCAUCACUGAGCACUGUCCCCCCCCCCCCCCUCACUUCCUUCGUGCAGUAGAAGAGACUUAAUGGUGACGCCUCUUCCCUCUCUUUCGCCUUCAUCCUCCCCCUCCCGAUGCAGUACAGAGAGAUCCGGAGAAAUAGUUAAUGCCGUCUUAUUGAUUAUGAUGGGGUGGCGCGCCCUCUCUCUGUUGACAUUUCUUUUAGGUCAAUUUCCUCUGCAGGGCGCUCUGGUGCUGCUGGGGAUCGCCUUCAAGGUCGAAGAGGAUGCGGAUCAAGGUUUCUUCGCGGGAAGAAUUCCAGUGAAGUGAGCUGGCUCCCUUUUCCCGGCAUCUGGUUUCAAUGAGGUGAUGCUUGCUGGCUUCACUCCCUGAACGGAGAUCUCUGAGGACCUCCGCCUUCCCCGAAAUCUGUGUCCUUCGUCUGCCAGUCUCUUCCUCUCGGUUUGGUGAUGCCGUCUGAAGUGCUCUUCCUGGUUUAUCGUCUCCAUCGAAGGCUAGAUAUGUCUACGCAGGAGCUGGGAAGAUCUGCGGGGGACGCCAAGGAUUCUCCGAGAACCACUUGUUCCUCGAGACCCACCUCCUCUCCUCCUCUCCGCAGGGAUUCCGCGAGGUAAUAACGAUCUGAGACUGUUCAUUGCCCAUUAGGCUGCUGCUCGGUCCUCACACUUGUGCCCUCGUGAUUUCAGAGGCUGCAGGUCACAGGAGGAGAAGUUAAAUUCUUCAUCCCCCUGGUCCUCCCAUGGCUCUAGCUCUGUAAGUGCUCUGAUUCGGCUGUUGAGCUGAGCUCUGUAACUGUCUCGAUUAUAGUCAAGACUGAUUCUCCAUGGAAGAAACCGUCUUCCCAGCUCGCAGAUUGUCUCUCGGCUCGAGAAUCAUCUUGGGAGGAGCUUUUCUUUUCUUUUCUUUUUCCCCCUCGUUGCGAGUUGUUGGAGAUCAUUGCUUAGAAUCUCAUGCCGUGGGUUGUUUUCUUCUUCCUUUUUCUGGCAGCCUGAGGCGAAUCUGGUGAAGGAGAUCGCUGCCGUGGAGCUGGAGAUAUUUCAUCUGGAGCAGCACCUUCUCUCCCUGUACAGGGCCGUCUUCAGCAACUACCUUGCCAACGGCAGAACCCAGACCGGAGAACGAUCCAGCGAGCUCCCUUCAGCGUUGGAGGGGAUCUCCCCCCUUCGAGGGCCGAGAAACCAAGGGACAUUCGGGUCGCGGCUGCUGACUUGUCAUCACCCGUCUCCCUGGAUUAGCUCCGGCGUCGAAGACCGAAAGGGGCAUCUGGAGACUGAUCCUGCUGGUUUGGAGGAUCCAAGCUCCCUCCUGGCAAGUAACCGAACCGCCAUGUCCGUAUUCCCCAUUUUCGCAGAGACCCAGAAGGGAUAUUGACGCAUUUCUCUGCGAUCUCUAGGGUUCUUCGAAACCCAUCUCUCUCUAUUGCAGAGUCGCGGCUCCGCAGAUCUUCUGGGUCUCUGAGACCCCCUGCAAGCUCUCUGAAGAGAUAAUCAGAUGCAUAUCGGCCGUCUAUGCGAGCUUAGCGGACCCGCCGCCUCCCCGAACGGAUUCCUCCCCCUCCCCGGCCUCAUCUUCUUCAACCUCCAGCCCGCGCUUUCUCCAGGUCGCUGCUGAAACUUGGAGCGCAGAGCAUCCGAUGCUGAAGAGCGGCUGCCGGGGGCCCUACGGCGGAAUGCUCGAGAUCUUGAAGAUCUCUGCGGACGGCUCGAGAUUUGCUUCUGCAGCUUCGAUGCUCCAGAAUUACAGGUAAAUUGGAACUCCGGUUUCUUCCGGUCUCUUCCCGUUGGUCAAGGGCUCCUCUGAAACCAUCAUAAUACGCCGCCGCAGGGCCCUGAUUCGUCAACUGGAGACGACCAACCCCAGAGAGAUGAGUCGCGAGGAGAAGCUCGCGUUCUGGGUCAACGUUCACAACGCCCUGGUGAUGCACGUACGUCUCUGAUUCUCCCCAUUUCUAAGAGAAUAAAAUUAGUCUCCGGGUGGAUGUUUACCGUCGCGCGCCAUGCAUUCCGGGUUGCUGAGCUUCAGGCGAUCCUGGCUUACGGCCUUCGUCACAGCUCCUCGAGGACGUCAUCCUCGUUGACCAAGGUACGUGCUUACUCAUCAUCGGCGACUUCUGGUGGAGUGCUUGGGAUUGAUUCUCAGGGAUGGAUCUUCUUCUUCUUCUUCAGGCGGCGUACAACGUGGGUGGGCUGAGUGUAAACGCCCAUGAAAUCCGGAGUUCCGUCCUCGGAUGUCAACCACACAGCCCAGAACCGGUGCGCAUAAUAAAUAUAUAUAUUUAUUCUCUUUUUCUUUAAUCGGGGUCGAAGCGCUGACUGUUCUUGACGGCGUGCGCAGAAGCUGAGGGCCCUGUUCUCCCGCCGGUCGCAGAAGUCAACCAGGGUCAGAGGGGAGCACCCCUACGCCGUUGACCAACGGGAGCCGCUUGUCCACUUCGCGCUCUGCACCGGCGCUUACUCUGACCCCGCCGUAUGAUUCUCCCAGCCCCUUCCCCUCCCCCCCGCCCAUCCGCCUCCACGCCUUCCUCAGCGGCGGCGCCGCCGCCUUCGCCUGGUUUUUUUCUCGCAGGUCCGCGUCUACACCGCCAAGAACGUCCUCAGGGAGCUCGAAGCCGCGAGGGCCGACUUUCUUCAGUCAACUGUCUCUGUUCAGAGGGAGACCAAGCUGGUCCUGCCUAAAAUCCUGCUCCGCUACGCCGCAGACGCCGCCGUUGACCCGCCGGCCGUGUUGGAGAUGGUGCAGGCGGCCGUGGCGGCGGAGAGUCGGCAGGGGGCGGCGAUACGGCGGUGCUGCUCCAAGGAGAGCCCGGAGAGCUGCGCGGAGUACGCCCCCUACAGGUCCAAAUUCAGAUACAUUAUACACGGAGAUCUGGUCAAAGAGUGGAGUGAAGAUCUCGGGCUCGAUGAUUUAAGAGCUUCGCCAUGA